CUUCGUCUUCCUCUCUCCCACUCUCUGAAAAACCGUUUUCACCUCUCUGCAAACUCCCAAAGCGUCUCGCAUUCCAGCUCUGCGACGCCAAAAUGUCACUCGAAUACCACCUCUUGUUCAUACCCAGGAUGGUUCUUCAAUCAUCUGUUCUGGGCUUUGAGGCAUUUGCUUGUUUGUUUCUGUUCAUGGCUGUCUUUGGUUUCUGGCUCUUCCCCGGUGGCCUUGCUUGGGCUUUUUGCAAGGUCCGGGCUUUCAAAGCGAUUCCGGGUCCACCCGGUUACCCGCUUAUCGGGUCACUCACUGUUUUCACUGGUUCUACGCGUCACCGAGUGCUUGCUAAGAUGGCUAAGAGCCUCAAGGCCGAAGCUUUGAUGUCUUUCUCCGUGGGGCUAACUCGGUUUGUCAUCUCAAGUCAGCCAGAGACUGCUAAAGAAAUUUUGAACAGCUCUGCUUUUGCCAAUAGGCCUGCAAAUGAGACGGCCUACGAGCUUUUGUUUUACAGAGCAAUGGGGUUUGCGCCGUAUGGAGAGUACUGGAGGAAUUUGAGAAGGAUAGCAGCAACCCAUUUGUUUAGUCCUAAGAGAAUGGCUGGCUCUGAAGUUUUUAGACGUGAAGCGGGGUUGAAAAUGGCUGAGGAGAUUAGGAGUUUGAUGGUUGAGAAAGGUGAGGUUCAGAUGAAAAACGUGCUUCAUUUUGGGUCUUUGAACAACGUGAUGAUGACUGUGUUUGGGCGCUGCUAUGAGUUUGGGGAAGGCGGCGAAGGGCAUGAGCUUGAGAAGCUGGUCAGGGAAGGGUAUGAGCUGCUUGGUUUAUUCAACUGGAACAACCAUUUUCCAUUUCUGGGUUGGUUGGAUUUGCAGGGUGUGAGGAAGAGGUGCAGAAUUUUGGUCUCAAAAGUGAAUGCUUUUGUCGGAAAAAUCAUUGAAGAGCAUAGGCUGAAGGUCAAAGGUGACAACUUUGACACCGACUGCAAUGGGGAUUUUGUUGAUGUUUUGCUUGCUAUGGAAAAUGAUCACAAACUCGGUGACUCUGACAUGAUCGCCGUGCUUUGGGAGAUGAUCUUCCGAGGAACUGACACAGUAGCUACUCUGCUAGAAUGGGUUCUUGCAAGAAUGGUUUUGCACCCAGAAAUACAAGCCAAAGCCCAAAGUGAAAUCGACUCUGCGGUUGGCGCCUCAAGGCCUGUUUUGGGCUCUGGUCUGAGGGUGCACCCACCAGGGCCUUUGCUCUCAUGGGCUCGCAUUGCAAUCCAUGAUGUUUAUGUCGGUGAAAACUUCAUCCCAGCAGGAACCACAGCCAUGGUGAACAUGUGGGCAAUAACUCAUGAUGAAAAGGUCUGGUCUGAGCCAAAAUUGUUUAGGCCCGAGCGUUUCUUGGAAGAGGAAGUGAGCAUCGUGGGCACUGACCUGAGGCUGGCUCCCUUUGGUUCUGGGAGGAGGGUGUGCCCUGGAAGAGCCUUGGGAUUGGCUUCUGUUCAACUCUGGCUGGCUCAGUUGCUUCAGAACUUCAAUUGGGUUCCUUCUGAGAAAAGUGAUGUGGAUUUGUCCGAGUGUUUGAAACUGUCUAUGGAGAUGAAGAGCCCACUGGUUUGCAGGGCGGUUCCUAGGUUUGUUUGAUGAUACUUUUCAUUUUAUGUUGGGGCUGGUGCUGUGUGUUUAUUUAUUGUAAAAUUAAUGUGGACCCUGUUCUGGUGUUAGAGUAGACUUAAAUUAGGUUGCUUAGGUUGUGCAAGUUGGAGUAAAUGGUCUCCUGGGUGUGCAAGUUUUGAGUAUGCAGCUGGUCUCACGCACCGCACACAAGUUUGGGUUUUUCUGAUGUGCAGAAAAUGUAGCAGCUGCUUCUGAUGCAUUAAGUUACUUUGGUCUGGUUUUAUGUAAUGCAUGGGCAUCUUAUGUUGUGAAAUAAAAGUUAAUUAAUGAUGUGUGUAUAUUUAUCAGAAA